CCUAAAGAGAAGCGUAAAGUAUACAUAGAGAGAGCCAUAGGAGAGAGAGAAAGAGAGAGGGUUAAGAAGAAAUGGCGAGAUGGAUGUAUGGAACAGACAAUUAUUCACUGCCAUGUGAUGGGAUGGUUAUGGCCAUGCUGGCUCACAGUGUAAGCAUGUUGCUGAUAAAAGUUGCCAUCACUAAUGGGAUCAACAAGUAUGUCAUGGUUGCAUACUCUUACUCACUCUCCACCAUCAUGCUUCUACCCUUUCUAUUCUUUCUCCACAGCAGGUCAAAGCGUCCUUCUCUCACACUCUCAGCACUUUGCGCCUUCUUUUUGCUUUCACUCUUUGGGAGUUCAGGAGAUAUGAUGACUUAUGCUGGCAUAGAACUCAGUUCUCCUACUCUUGCUUCAGCCAUGCUUAGCCUCGUUCCAGCUUUCACUUUUGUACUUGCACUCAUUUUCAGGAUGGAAGAAGUACAUUGGACACAUUAUAGCAGCCAAGCUAAAGUGUUGGGAACAAUAGUAUCAAUUGCUGGGGCAUUUGUUAUGAUUCUUUACAAGGGCCCAACCAUCUUUGCAAUAGUAUCAGACUCUUCUAACAAACUUCAAUUUUCACCUCAACUAAACUGGGUCGUGGGAGGGAUCUUCUGUGUUGGCAGUUCUUUGGUGUCUUCCAUGUGGUACAUCUAUCAGGCUUCGGUUGCGAAGAAAUACUCUAGCGUAACAGUGAUAGUGUUCUUCCAACUCUUAUUUUCCACCAUUCUUUCUGUAGUAAUUGCCUUAAUAAAAGUUAGUGAUCCAACGGAAUGGAAGCUGAAGUUGGACAUGGGGUUGAUUGCCAUUUUAUAUCAGGCAAUUGGUGCAACAUUGAUACGUUACACCCUAUGCACAUGGUGCGUCCACAGAACCGGACCUCUGUUCUGUGCAAUGUUCAAGCCUUUGGGAAUCAUCUUCACCGUUUGCAUGGGAGCAAUCUUUCUUGGUGAUGAUUUCAACCUUGGAAGUGUGAUUGGCUCGGCUAUAAUCUCGGUAGGAUUUUAUGCUCUGGUCUGGGGAAAAUACAAAGAGGAGAGCAAUAUUGAGAACUUGGGUUCAUCGUCUCAUAAUGCUCCUUUAUUACAAUAUGUGGCGUAACAGGCAGGUUGAGGCUGUAUUCGACAGACCACAGUAGUUUAUAUUCACUUUUUUUAGUGGGGUGGAAUAGUUGUUUAUAUCCACUAAUUUAUUAGUUAAUUUAAUUUCAAUAAGUUUGUUUGAUUGACAACUUAUUUCACUAAAUUUUACCUUAUUUUAAUAAGUUGUUUCAACUGGCCAAGGUUAUAUAUUUGUGGACCAAUUUGGAAUUGAUUUGGAGUCGAAAAGUCAU